GUAAAUCUUUUUUAUUCGUACUUAAUCUAUAACUGUACAGAUUAAAACAAGACACCUUAACUAUAAUUUUUUAGUAGGUAACUAUUUUUUCUGCAAAUAGUUGAAAAUAAGAGAAAUCAAUUAAUUUUUAUUUAUUCGAAAACCUCCCGGCAGAAAAAUCCUUUAAUCACGCGACUACAACGACCAAUCGCUACUCGUGCUUAUCUGCACUAAAACACGCUUGCGUUGUAGUUCUAGCAGUUGAUUUGGAAGACGAGAAACGGGACAGGUUAGUUUUGGGUUUGGGUGAGUUUUGAGUUGUGAGGUGUACUGGUAAAUUUUUUAUGUUUUAAAUUAAAAUUGGGGAUGUCUGCUAGACUAGAGCCGAGUGCAGGGGAUUACGUCCAAACAGAAUUAUUAAAUGGCGUCGAUUUCCUAAAUAAGAAGAAAAUAAUCACAGCCGGCAAUGAAAUUAAAUUCGAAGAAUACAGGAAAUUAAAAAAUGGGUUCAAAAAUGGGUCGUGUUCGAAUGGACAUAUUCUGACAUCCUCAGAAAGUGAAAAUUCUAAAGGGAAACAAAAUGGUAUUCUACUACAAAAUGGCUAUAAAAAAGCAGCAGGUACCUCAUAUCAAGAGCAUUCAACUCCUAAAACACGAGAGAUAAAAGAAUCUUUCGAACCCCCCACUCUGAUAGUAGCUGCUUUAACUCAAAUCAGCUUCUAUAUUCUCAUGUUCCUGGGCUACUUAAGUCAGGCCCUAUUUCCACCAAAGAUAGUUAAGGAGAAAAAUAGAGAUGGCUACCCACCGCUGUAUGACAGAUUUUCUGCUUUUUACUCAAGAUAUGUGUACAGGCGGGUACGGGACUGCUGGAAUUAUCCUAUUUGUAGUGUACCAGGUCAUGAAGUGGUGUUGAAAGAUCGCGUGACGAAGGAUAACGGCUGGACAUUUGAGUUUACUGGUUCCAAAACUAAAUGCCUCAAUCUGGCUUCUUAUAACUAUUUGGGAUUCGCCGAACCGUCUGGCCCAUGCGCUGAGGCAGCGAUCGCUUCACUCUAUAAGUACGGUAUCAGUACAGGCAACCCACGUCAGCACUACGGUACUUGUGAACUCCAUGACGAAUUAGAACGGUUGACAGCUGAAUUUCUUGGAGUUGAAGACGCUAUAACUUUCGGUAUGGGAUUUGCCACGAACGCCUUGAACAUUCCCACGUUGCUUUCGCCCGGAUGUUUGGUUAUAAGUGACGAGAGGAACCACGCUAGUUUGAUUUUGGGUAUUAAGUUGCCGGGUGCUACCGUUAAAGUAUUUAAGCAUAAUGAUGUAAUUCACCUAGAGCAACUGCUGAAGGAAGCGAUCUGUUACGGCCAACCGGAUCAACCAAAGGGCACAUUUAAGCCGUGGAAGAAAAUAAUCAUAGUAGUGGAAGGGGUGUACAGUAUGGAAGGCACGAUUGUACGUCUUCCCGAGAUAAUAGCUCUUAAGAAAAAGUACAAAGCCUAUCUGUAUUUAGACGAGGCUCAUAGCAUAGGGGCAAUGGGCAAACACGGAAAAGGAGUCGUCGAUUAUUUCAACUGUGAUCCGAAAGAUGUCGAUAUACUUAUGGGUACCUUCACCAAAAGUUUUGGAUCUGCAGGUGGAUACAUUGCAGGCACAAAGAAAUUUAUAACUUACCUGAGGGAUCAGAGCUACUCCUCCCGAUACGCCUGGGCAAUGUCUCCUCCCUUGGCCGCACAAAUCAUAUCAGUUUUAAAUAUCCUCAUGGGUAGAGACGGCACAAACGAAGGUCAGAAGAGAAUCGAAUCCCUGGCACGGAACACUCGUUACUUCCGACUCAGACUAGAGCAGAUGGGUGUUAUUAUACACGGAAAUGAAGAUUCACCAGUCGUGCCCAUUUUAGCAUAUCUGUAUUCAAAAAUCUGUGCGAUGGUACGGACACUAAUCAAAGAGAAAAUUGCUACUGUCGGAGUAGGAUAUCCGGCCACUCCCCUGACACAAGGCAGAAUUCGUAUAUGCCUUUCGGCGGCGCACACCAAAGAACAAUUGGAUUAUGCCUUAGACGUUAUAGAGAAAGUAGCCGACGAAAUAGGCUUAAAGUACUCGCGCAAGCCUAGAGAUUUAACACCAAUAGAUUACAGUAAAAUUAAAAUAUAUCAAGAUUCGUAAAUCGUUGCGUGAACGCUUAAAACACCGUUGGCUACAUUGGUAAAGUAUGUUUUUCAGUAUUUUGGAUGUUAUUCAUUUUUAACAGUUGCGGGUAAGAAAUUAUAUACCAUGACGCUUUACUUUCAUGUAUAUUUUAUAUUUUACUCCUGGUUUUUACAUAGUUUCUCCUUGUUGUAUGCUUUGAAUUGUGUAUGUUGAAAGUAAUAGGAAUGUUGUCGUAAACCAAUAAGUUUGGUCAAUAGAUGGCUCGGGCUGUACCUGUUUUUCUUGUCGUCGAUGGCGUGUGCCUUAAAUCGACAAAUAUUAACAAAAUGGUUGUGGUCAGUUUCCAAUCUGUUUUUAUGGGAUAAAUUCUUCGCUCGAUAGAGAACUUUUUUGACAAAAAAAAUUUUGAAUGAAAUUUGCAAAUGAAAGAAUUAAAUAGGGGUUGCCAACCUUGAAAUCUGAAAAAAGGGUUGCAAAUAUGUAAGUAUAAUAUUUUUCAUAUUCACCUGAUGGAUUCAUGUUUUUUUUUAUUUUUUUCCAAAAUUAAUUGUUCUGCUUAGUAAUAUCUAUUGUUGAUUAUUAAAAACAAAUGUUUUGAAAUAUAUAUAUCGAGGGCAUCAUAUCAGAAGGGCGUACGAACCAAAUCUGAAAUUUUACAGGAAAUUAAAAAAACGUUUUAGAAAUCAAGAUUUAGAAUGAAUUUGUUGAUUUUGCCAAUAAGGCCAAUACAUUAUAAUUUAUUGGGGAGAUUUAACAUCUUAUAAUGCCAACAUGUAAUUAAUUUCCGGUUCAUGCGCCCUAAUAUUAGGAUGUCGAGGAACGUGUAUUAAACUUAUUUAAAUAAUAGGCGUAUAGUACAAAAAAAUAUGCUUUAUUGAUACAGUAAUUAUAUUAAUACCAGUUAAAAUUUGUUACAUUUAAUUUCUGUGCCUUUUCAUCUUUAUAAGUCGUUCUCGUACUUGUAGAGAUGUCUCGUCAUCAAAUUCUUCAUCAUCGGAAUUUUAGGAACUGUCAAAAAAACAUAAAAAUAUUUAUAUUCUGGAAAAAUGACUGCGUCUUUGCCUUGGCACAUAGACAAUGAAUUGUUAUAGUUUAAUUUAUUUAUCAAAAGUUUUUCAGAAUAUAGCGAUGUAACAUUGACCGGGUUUUUAGGACAUUACAAAAUACCAAAAACAACACAAACUUUAUCUACGAACAUUUUCAAGAUUAACCAUAUUUAAGGUUAUGUGAAAUUUACCAAAUCAGUUGAGGUCGUAUAAGUCAAUACUGUCUAGCAGGCGUAAAAGAAAUAGAGAAAUAUUAGAAGGGCGUAUGAGCAUACGCCUUUCUGACAUAGUUUUGCAAGAGUGGUUCAUACGCCUAAGUAAAAUGCGUUAGAAUAGAGUGUUGAUGUUUAUGAAUAUAUACGCCCUUCUGAUAUAUUAAGCAAAUUGAUUAAAUUAAGUCAUACGCCUUAAAAACCCAAAACCGAUUAUAGUUGCUCUUACGCCCUUCUGAUAUGAUGCCCUCGAUAUGCAACCCUUGUUGAGGUUUCAGGUUGGUCGGACCUAUUUUAAUUUUUUAAAUCUUGAAGUUUUUCAUCACAAAAGUUCUCUAUGAAGGCCCUAGGAAAUUCAACAUUUUAUUAUUAAAAUACGACCAUUUUAAGGUGGUGAUCGAAUUGUAUAUUAUAAAGGAAUUAAAUAUUUUUGGUUGUUUUACGGCACAGCAAAUCGAAGUUUUGGAAUAAAAUUUGAAAUUAUGGUAUACCACAGCCUUAUAGAACCAUUCUGCCUUUGUUUUUGGAAGCUUAUGUUUCUUUAUGAAAAUUGCAGACGUAUUUAGGUUUUAUAUAUGCAAGCGAGAGUGAAUUUGUAUAAAAAUUAACAAAAUAUAUUUAAAAAAUACGGUUCACAUAAAAAAAAAUUUUUUUUCAUACCUAUUACUCAUUUCUUCACUGGAAAGUAAUUCUAUUCUAUUCUAACACUAACAUAUAAAAAAUGUGCAUAAGUUGAAACAGUAAAUGUACAAAACUUUGAAUAACAAAGAUUGUUUUUGGAACUCUAAAUUUUAGAGGCUGUUGUAUUUGUAACAGUAUUGCAAGAAAAUUUGCCAAAAUAUUGAAAGUUAUUUUACCAGUGCACUUUUUUUAAAGAGGCCAUCUAUUAAGAUGCAUCCCUAGGAAAAUUUUGUUGUUUUUACAAAUUUUAUAAAAGCAUAAUAUGAGAAAUAUUUUUUAUCUACAUAUAGCUAUUUAUUGAUAUAUUUAUGAUUAUGUUUAAUUGUAACAGACUUCAGAAUAAAGUUGUAAAAUGAUGA